UCAACUUAUUGAUAAAGUAUUUCUAUCAAUAAAUCGGUUAAAAUAAGUUCUCACAUUCACUAGACUGGAUAACUAUGUCGUUUUUGGCCAGGAAUUUCAUUAGAGCUCUUCCCCAAGUGGGUAAACAGAUUUUGAAACAAAAUAACAACAACACAUACAAACGUCUGUUGCAUCAAUCUGCCCCUUUGUUGGCCGCUAAAGUUCAACAACCGGCACCUGAUUUUCAAGGCAUUGCUGUGGUUGGCAACGAUUUUCAAGAAUUAAAACUAUCCGAUUUUGCUGGCAAAUAUUUGGUAUUGUUCUUCUAUCCCUUGGAUUUCACUUUUGUGUGUCCCACAGAAAUCAUUGCAUUUAGCGAUCGCAUAAAAGAGUUCAAAGACAUUGAUGCUGAGGUUGUCGGUGUCUCCGUAGAUUCACACUUCUCCCAUUUGGUCUGGUCAAAUGCUGAACGCAAGAAUGGCGGUUUGGGCGGCUUGAAGUAUCCUCUUCUCUCCGAUAUUACCAAGAAAAUCAGUUCCGACUACGGCGUUCUGUUGGAAAACGAAGGCAUUUCAUUGCGUGGUACUUUCAUUAUUGAUCCCAAUGGUGUGUUGCGUCAAUAUUCUAUUAAUGACUUGCCAGUUGGCCGUUCCGUUGAUGAAGUUUUACGUUUAAUUAAGGCAUUCCAAUUUGUUGAAAAGCACGGUGAAGUUUGCCCCGCAAAUUGGAAUCCUGAAUCGAAUCCCGAUACAAUCAAACCCGAUGUCCAAGAAUCAAAGGAAUAUUUCAACAAACAUGGCUAAGGACAAAGUUUACAUAAAUAAUUUAUUUGAAGAAGAGAUACGCAAACAAGUUUCAAAAACUUUUUGUGUUUAUUAUUGAUUUCAAUAAAAUUCAAUUUCUUUAAGAAUUAUCUAAAA